UGCUUGCCGCCCUGCCUACAGACUUCUUCUUCUUCUUCGUCACCGCCUGCCAUCCGAGCCGGUCAUCCUCUCUCUCUCUCUCUCUCUCUCUCUCUCUAAUGCCUCUUUUCUUCGUCACGUUCGAUCAGUCAUCUUAACAAGCACGCAGCAGGUCAGAGGGCGGAGAUCAGGUGUACAUGUGUGCGCGCCUGUGAGAGAAGAAGAAGUUGGUGUUCAUGUGCUUUCUGGUGGACCAGCGGCGGACGACGAGGAGCAGCAAGCCGGCGGCGGGGAUCUGCUCGCGCUGUGGGGCCUGCGCGAGGGUGGCGGACAUGGAGACGACCACGCGUUUCUGCUACGUGCCGGUGUAUCGUAAGACCUGGCGGGCUAUCAUUUGCACUUUCUGCGGCGCCCUCCUCAAGUCUUACAAUCGAUAGACACAUACAGAUGCAUACAUACAGAUACAGGUAUAGAGAUCCAUGGAACAGGAACGGCAUUCUCGCGUGCUAGCUGGUGGCGUUCUGAUCAUGGAAACGAUAAGAUGUGUGUGUGUAUACGCACACAUACAUAUACAUGUAUGAUGGAUAUUUUGAUCCAGUUAUUUAGCUCCUUUAGCUCCUUUUGA